AUGGCAGCGGUGAGAAGCCCUGGUGGAGAAGUAAAGGAUGCCAGAGACCCCUCGGAUAAGGUGUCCCCCCUGCUCCUGCAGAGCCUGGUGGAGGAGCCUAAGAGAAGAGAAGUGCCUAACCACCUGCUUGAGUCAAAGGUUUACGCAAAACUUCUGAAGAAUAAAGUCAUAGAAGCAAGGCCGGGCAUCGUGCAUUUUGGCGGUUAUCAAGUGGAAAAGCAACACCAGCAAACUCUGCACCUGGUCAACGUUUCCGACGAAGACACCCACAUUCAUAUUUUACCUCCGCAGACCAAGUACUUCCAGAUCAGCUAUGUGAAGAAGGAGCACCACCUUGUCCCUGGCCUGUCCCUCAAGGUCACCAUCAUAUUUUCUCCAGAUGAGUGGCGGUAUUAUUAUGACUGCGUCCGUAUUCACUGUAAGGGAGAUGAGACUUUGCUUGUUCCCAUCCAUGCCUAUCCUGUCAUGAACUCACUGGACUUUCCCAAAUUUAUAAAUCUAUCAAACGUUCUACUUGGUGAAAGCAAAACCUAUGUUAUUCCUUUGCAGUGCAGCUGCCCGGUGGAUUUUGAGUUCCACAUCACCUUGCUCGAGUCUCAUCAAGCCUUUGUGAUCGAGCCAACGUCAGGAAUAAUUCCAGCUAACGGGAAGAUGAAUGUGACGGUCAAGUUCACACCCUUCCAGUACGGGACCGCCCAAGUGAAAAUGCAGCUGUGGAUUUCACAGUUCAACUCUCAGCCGUACCAGUGUGUCUUCACCGGAACCUGCUACCCCAACAUGGCCUUGCCAUUGGAAGAGUUUGAAAGAUUGAAUACCCUUUCCAAGAAGGUGAACGCUCCUCCAGAAAAAGCCAACAUGCAUAGACAUUUUUGUCGACUCCCCGCAAAGAAGCAGCCUCAGAAGAUCAAGGAAAUCGAGUACCAGAACUUGAGAUUUCCAGUAGAUUUGUCAAAUCCGUUUGCGGUGGCAACUGUAUUAAACCAGGAACCAGGGAAGCUGAAGAUCAAAGAAUUAAGAGAAGUUCUGGACCAAGGCACUGAUAUUUCAAAAACCAGACAGAUGAAGGAGGCACUCUUCGAGCAGAAAGUGAGACAGGACGCUUACGAAGAGAUGGAAAACCACCUGAAGUGGCAGGUGCACCUUGGGAAAGAUCAUAUGUCUUUUAAAUUUAGAAAAGAGCUUACUGAGGAGCGGCAGAGAGCGUACAACAAAUAUAAGCUAGAUAGAGGAGAUCCCGUUUUGGACGAGGAAUUCCAGCGACUCAAGACGGAAGUGAGCCCGAGACGGGUGGUGCACAAUCUACAAGAGAAAGCCAAGGAAUUCCAUCCCAAUUUCGAUCCGCUCAUUAAUAAUACUUGGGCCAACAGGUUCCGGGCACGGAGACGCUUUCAGCAGGCAGCACGCAAGGUCAUGGUUCAGCGACGACUGCUUUGCAUGCUGACCGCUGUUCGUGAAAUGGACAAGGAGAGCAUCAUAAGAAAACUCAGCGAUAAAAAAGCUUCCCUAGACAAAGGUAACAGCCGGCUGGGAAGGGCAGCGGGGUUGGGACCAGACGAUUACUGCAGCCGGUUCUCGGUGUCGCCACACCAGGUGCUGCCCUUCGCCUUCCCGGCCUACAGCCCUGCUCAGGACUCCAAUGAGUUGGCUCCUGAUGGCCUUGGACCGGUCCCAAUUAAGUCCUCAGAUAUUCAAAUCAAGCAGAGUUACUCCUUCUUCGAUUUGCAGGUUCCUCAACUCUACAAAAUUAAAGGCUACCAGCCGUUCUCUGUCCACAAGUCUUACACAAGCUACAGGUCUCAGAAGCUCGCGCGGGCCCUGAAGCAAGGAGCUGAGGACGAAGCCACCACCAUCAUAGCCCUUCCCAAGAAGGACAGUGCGGCCACGCCCUCCGGCACGCCCUCAGUCCUGAGCAUGAAGCCGCCCGAGGCCUUAGCCGUGUCCGUGGAGUAUGACCCACUUUACGUGUUUAACCCCAGCCCUGGAUUGUUUGCCGUCAUGCACCCUCUGAGCUACGUGGAGACGCUCAUAGAUUACCAUCUCUGCUGUCACCCCAAGUACAAGUUCACCAAGGAGUCCCACGACGGGUCCAGCAUUCCUCUCACCCAAAAGCAGUUUCUCCACCAUACGGACAUCAUUCCCGGAGUCAUGCACUGGAAGAAGUUCCAGUCCCCGCUGCUGGUGCUCCCUUCCCUUCUGGAUGGGUCUAAGCUGGAGGUGACGCAGAGCUCCGACGCCUUCAAUUCGGUGAUGCUCCCUGUGGAUGUCCCCACCCCGCUGGACACGUUACCAGAUGAAGACAGACUGGAGACUGGCGAGCGCGAGCUCUGUGAACAGAACAUCGAGGUUAUGCUGACUCCGGAAAUGAUCAAGGCAGAAUUCCCUUUGCUGGACCACAAGGACACCAAGAAGGAGAAAGAGGUAAAGGACCAAGCGCAGCCAGCAGAGAAGCUGGGAGAAAGGGUACUGGAGGAGGUGAAGACUAUGAGGAGCAAAGCCCUCAGCGCAUACCUGAUUCUAGAGUGA